CACCCCUCUUGCGCUUGCGUCGCCCAGGCCCGUCGGGCCGAGGCAGCCGCCAAUCCGCUCUUUAGUUCUCUGCUGCGGGGAAGCCCCGCCCGCUGACCGCGCGCCGAGGGCGCACGCGUGGUUGCUCCAGCCGGGCGGUUUGUAUGGUGGCCGGUGGGGGACAGUCCCGGCCAAGAUGGCGGCGGCUGUGGCGAGCGGCGGCGGCUCGUGCCCGGCGGGGUCCGGGGGCAGCAACGGGGCCGGCAUGGAGGUGGACGCGGCCGCGGCGCCGGCGGUGAUGGCCUCGGGCGUGACGGGCAGCGUGUCGGUGGCGCUGCACCCGCUGGUCAUCCUCAACAUCAGCGACCACUGGAUCCGCAUGCGCUCGCAGGAGGGCCGCCCCGUCCAAGUCAUCGGGGCGCUGAUCGGGCGGCAGGAGGGGCGCAACAUCGAGGUGAUGAACUCCUUCGAGCUGCUGUCGCACACGGUGGAGGAGAACGUGGUGAUCGACAAGGAGUACUACUACACCAAGGAGGAGCAGUUCAAGCAGGUCUUCAAGGAGCUGGAGUUCCUGGGCUGGUACACCACUGGGGGCCCCCCGGACCAGUCUGACAUCCACGUCCACAAGCAGGUGUGUGAGAUCAUCGAGAGCCCCCUGUUUCUCAAGCUGAACCCCAUGACCAAGCACACCGACCUGCCGGUCAGUGUCUUUGAGUCCGUGAUCGACAUCAUCAAUGGAGAGGCCACCAUGUUAUUUGCUGAGCUCACAUACACACUGGCUACAGAGGAGGCUGAGCGCAUUGGGGUGGACCACGUGGCACGGAUGACUGCAACUGGCAGCGGCGAGAACUCCACAGUGGCUGAACACCUCAUUGCUCAACACAGUGCUAUAAAGAUGCUGCACAGCCGUGUCAAACUCAUCCUAGAAUAUGUCAAAGCAACAGAGACAGGGGAAAUACCUUUCAACCAUGAGAUCUUGCGAGAAGCCUAUGCCCUCUGCCACUGCCUGCCAGUGCUGAGUACUGACAAAUUUAAGACAGACUUCUAUGAUCAAUGCAAUGAUGUGGGCCUUAUGACCUACCUGGGCACCAUCACCAAGACCUGCAAUACUAUGAAUCAGUUUGUCAACAAGUUCAACAUCCUCUAUGACCGCCAGGGUCUUGGUCGGCGGAUGCGGGGCCUCUUUUUCUGAGGUGUUGUGAUAUUCCUGAAGAAUAAAGUGAUUGUGAUGUUUGA